AAUAGAUAAGAGCAAAAUGAGAAUUAUAGCAAUGUACCUCUUGAAAUAUCAUCCUGAAAAUCCAAUUUUUAUAUCCUCACACUAUGAACUCUCGUUUGUAAAGUACAAAUUUCCAAUAAUAUAUUUUUUAGUUGGUUUUAGCGUCCUUUUUUUAAAGAAACUCUCAAUUUUGGUGCUAGAACAUGUGCAGCGUAUUCUAUAUAAUAUAAAUUUAAUAGACGAGCCAAACCAGGUACUAAAAGUGCUGUUACUAAUCAAGAUGCUCAUGUUGUGUCAUAUAUAUGCAUAGACAAAAAUAAUCUAGCAGCUCUUGUUAUAGCUGAUGAUUAAUAUCCGGAAAAAGUAGCUUUUAUGGUUAUUCAAAAUAUGUAUUAAGAAUACUAUCGUCAAUACAAUUCAAUGUUCUUAGACACUAUAAUCGGUAUUCAUCAUAUUUCAUCAUUUUACAGCUGAUUAAAACAUAAAUAUACCUAAAUUUGAAGAAUUCAUAAAAGUUUAUUAAGAUCCUAAAGAAGUCGAUAAACUGCUUAAGAUUGAGAAUACUUUGAAUGAAGUCACUAUGAUUGUGCAUUAAUCUUUGGAUGAUGUAUAUACUAAUUUUAAGAAUUUAGCUUUUAAAAAGAGGAGAAACUUUAGAAUCAUUAAUGGCAAAAUCAAAAGACAUGAGCAGUGUUAGUCUGGAUUUCUAUAAAAAUGCUAAAAAAACAAAUAAUAAAUGUUGCAGUCUUUAUUGAAUAAUCCUAU